ACCCUUCAGCCCUACUGCUUAUCGAUAAGAUUUGCCGGUUGACGUAAAUGGCAAGCAUCCAGCCACCUCUUCUCUUCAUGAACUCCGAGCACCCAAUCUCCAGAUUCAUAGCCCAAGAUGACGAAAUCCAAUCUCGACCUCAUUGAAGAGUGCGACAGCUUCCCAUACUACCAAACCGACCCAGUCGCCUACUUCGCCAGCAUUGACACGUACUACCAACUCCGCGUCGCCGACCAUGACUACGCCCUCGGCUACGUGCUGCCCUCCGUCGCCGAAAUCUUCCGCGGCCUGCCUUCGUGGACCUUGGACGACGACGAACGCACGCUGACGCUGAUGGCUGGGGACACAGCCGCCGAGCGCAGCGAAGUAGUCAUGCGGACAGUGGUGGCAAUGCGGGAGACGGGACACUUCAAGGUGCUGAGCAAGUGGCGGAAUGAGCUAUACCCCGUCUAUGGCAAGAACCGCGAGUUGCUCUUCAAUGUCGAGCGGUGCGCGAGUCCGCUAUUGGGCAUUGUGACGUACGGCGUGCAUCUGGUGGCGUAUGUGAAGGGGAAGGAUGGGAGCCUGAAGCUCUGGAUCCCCAGGCGGGCGAGGACGAAGCAGACGUAUGGCGGGAUGUUGGAUAACGCUGUGGCGGGCGGCAUCGCUUCUGGCGAGGGGCCGUUUGAGUGUCUGGUGAGAGAGUGUGAAGAGGAGGCUUCAUUACCAGAGGCAUUGGUGCGAGAGAAAGCGAAAGCUUGUGGCACAGUCACAUAUUCCUACGUCAGGGAUGAAAGGGCGGGAGGCGAGACUCGAUUGCUGCAACCGGAGUGCCAGUUCGUCUACGACAUCGAGCUGCCGGAGGACGUGAUACCCAAGCCGGGCGAUGAUGAGGUGGAAGAGUUCUACCUGUGGAGUGCGGACGAGGUCAAGGAGGCUAUGGCUAGGGGGGAGUUCAAGCCGAAUUGUGCGGCUGUAACACUGGAUUUCUUCAUUCGGCACGGUAUCGUGACAUACGAGAGUGAGAAGGACUAUAUCGAGAUUGUCUCGAGGCUUCAUCGGAGGUUGGAGUUCCCAACUCUAUGAGCCGCCUAGCCUUGUAGGUAUCCGGACGCCUGCGCUAGAUCGGAGACCAGAGGUUGCGAGCCUCCAAAUAGAAGAGUCCUCCAAGAACGCCACCCAUGCAAAGUGCCUCUCUUCCAAGCAGGCCUGGUUCGAGCCAUGGACUAUUCUAUGUCUAGAUAGCAGCUGAGACUCCUCGUGUCCAAUACCCUCAGCCGGUUGUUGUUCAUAUCCUUUGUA